AACAGAACUUAGCCUCCAGCACCCAGAUCCUCACAUCCAUACCAGAACGGCUAACACCCCACAACAUCACAAAUGCAGCUCAAAUAACCAACAUCCUGCUUUCUGACCAACAAACUACACACACUACGGAUAUUGCCAUAUCGGCAGUUGCUACAAUCAGUCAGCUCCUGAAUGCAAGUCAUGAGAUGUACUCUUCAGUUGACCAUACUGCAAUUUCUGAAUUAACACAGACUCUACAGAAACUCUCUCUGCGUGAGAAACCAAAUCCAUUGUUGGUGCAACCGAAAAUGGCAGUGCAGUCACUGAAGGGACAAACGCCAAUCCGACAAGUGCAAUUAACCUCUUUUAAAGGGCUGAAUGACAACUUUUUACCUGACAGAAUUAAACUGCAUAUAACAGAGGCUGAAGUUUCCAAACAUAUAGUUGACCUUCAAAUGAAUGUCACAUUCAGUGAAGAUUUUGAUAAAGAUAUUGGGUUUGUCCUCUAUGAUAAUGAUCAGUUCUUCCAGUCAAAAAGCUUUAAACCUUCUCUGGAUACCAAGAGAAGAGUUAUAUCUGCUAAUCUUCAAGAAAAUUCUGGAAUAGAUCAGGUUCAGUUUGCAGUCACACCAUCGGCCGAUUCGACAAUGUCCCUCAAUGACUUUGCCUGCGUGUUUUGGAGUUAUGAUAAACAGGACUGGAUCACUGACGGUUGCACUAAAAACAAGAGUCCCUCGGGACAUGUAGUUUGCAGUUGUAAAAAACUAAAAAAUGCAAACUUUGCUAUUCUGAUGGCAUUUGAUAUCAAUUAUCAAUAUUCUGAAGCCUUGCAUUGGAUCAGCAUCACCGGCUGUGCUCUGUCUGUGGUGGGACUGUCUGUCACAGCAUUGUACCAAAUCAUUACCAGGAAGUCAAGAGGAGGCACCCCUACUCUGCUAGUGGUGAACAUCUGCUUGAGUAUGACGGUUUUCUACCUUCUCUUCAUCUUCGGCAUAAACAACCCUGUCCAACAUGUGAAUGGAACAAAGAUGUCUGGCGAGAAUAUAGUUCCUGAGUCUGAUCACCACAAGUACUCAGAUCAGGGACCCUGUACGGCAUUUACAGCUCUGCUUCAGUACUUCCUGUUGCUUACGUUCACUUGGAACACUCUGUACGGCAUUAAUGUGUUUCUGCUGUUCAAAAACUCAGUGUCUGGAACACCUCCAUGGUUUCCACAGGUCGCCAUGGCUGUCGGAUGGGGUUUGCCUGCUGUUAUUGUUGGUAUCUCAUUGGGUUCCACUUACCGUGUGGAGGAGCCUUUAGGUUAUCGACAAGAAGAGUUUUGCUGGCUGGCUUCACUGGACCACAAACAAAAAUUCAAUAUAAAGAAACCCAUGUUUUGGGGAUUCGUGCUCCCUUUACUGCUCAUGCUGAUCUCAAACACAGCAAUACUGCUGCACUUCUCUUACAAAAUCUGCAGGACCAACCCUAAUUUAAACAAAUCACGUAAAACUUCUCUGACGAAGAAGAUGAUGAGUAGUUUUUCUCUGGCAGUGAUGCUCGGCUUGUCUUGGGUCACAGGUUACAUUUUAAUGAUCACCCAAGAAAAAAAUCUCAAAUUUAUUCUCAGUUUGGUUUUCUGUCUAUUAAACACAACACAGGGUGUUCAGAUAUUCAUAUUAUUCGCUCUGAGGCCUUUUCUAAACUCGAAUCCAGCUAUUCUUAACUCUCUGCGUGCGCCAGAAAUAGGCUUACACAAAAAAACAUUUUUUUUAUGGAAAAAUAAGAUCCCAGAAAGCAACGAUAGCUACAAAUCCACAGAUGAUGACUCACCCUGACAGGCCAUCAAAGAUCCGGCGUAGAUCGUUGGUGGGACUGUGGUCUUCACCUCAGGAGUUGUAUACAUCAUGCAGUGAAGGCUCAUUAAAUGAAUUAAGACAAGGAGGAAUAUCAGCUUGAGUUAGAUAUUUUCAGAAAUUGUCAUUAGGAGUUUAUUGGGCUUUGUUCACACUGCACACAAAUCUGAUUUGGCUUUAAUUUUCACACUUUAGGAUUGAUUGUCAACACAUUUACUCACUCUCAGACCAUCCAAGAUGUAGAUGAGAUUGUUUCUUCAUGGGAACAGAUUUAGAGAAAUUUAUCUUCACAUUACUCACUCACCAUUGGAUCCUCUGCAUUUGAAUAGGUGCCAUCAGAAUGAAAGUCCAAACAGCUGAUAAAAUCAAAACAAUAAUCCACAAGUAAUCUACUCGACUCCAAAUUGUUAUUACUCUGUAAAAUAUAUCUGAGCAUCAUAAUGAUUGUGAUCCUUGAAAUGUCCCUCAGAUGUCUGCAGUGCAUCUUUGAUCUACAGUGUGUAGAAAACUAUAUUAGCCUUAGAACAGAACAUUGAGGAACUCAAUUUGUAAUGUCUGGAAACUAUAGUUCAGUGUUUGCAAUAAUCAUAGUACCAGCAACACACAUCUACAAGAAGCAUGUAAAACUGCACUCUUGUCUAAAUGUAGGAUUAUUUUGAAUAAAAUAUGUGAUGGAAA